CUUUUUGUCUGAGUGGCAUUUGGGAAUCUCCUGACUCCUCUCCAAGGGACGGGUGGGGGGCUGGGCUGGGGGAGCUGACUACUGACCCUCCAGGCCUAGCAGGAGGACCGACCAAGGGGUAUCCCUCUGGCUUCCUGCUCCGUCUCCAGCCCUCGCUUCUGCUCACCUGCCCAAAGAUGCUCUGGGCUUCUCUGCUGUUGCAAGGAUUCUCCUUCUCUUGGGCUGCAAGCAGUUCCCACUGGACAUAUGAAGGGGCCCAUGGACAAGCGCACUGGCUGGACACGUAUCCUGACUGUGGGUGGAAAGCACAGUCCCCCAUCAACAUCCAGACCGAGGCAGUCCACUAUGACCCCUCCCUGCCUCCAGUGGAGCCUGAGGGAUACCGCAGCCCUGGGAGCGAGGCGCUGACCCUUAAAAAUAAUGGGCACACAGUGCAGAUGUCGCUGCCCCAGACGAUGCGCUUGCACGGCCUGCCCAGGGUCUACUCAGCUGUCCAGCUACACUUCCAUUGGGGCAGCACGAGACACACUGGGGGGUCAGAGCACCGGGUGGAUGGCCAGGUCUUCCCUGCGGAGCUUCACAUUGUUCAUUUCAACUCGGAAAAGUACGCCAACCUGAGCGAGGCGAAACACCACGCAGACGGCCUGGCUGUGCUGGGCAUCUUCCUGGAGGUUGGUAACGUGGAGAAUCCUGCCUACAGCCACAUCUUUGACCACUUGGAAGACAUCGAGCAUGCAGAGCAGGAAAUCGUGCUCUCGCCCUUCAACGUCCGUGACCUCCUUCCUGCUCACUUGGGCCACUAUUUCCGUUACAAUGGUUCUCUGACGACCCCGCCGUGCUACCAGAGCGUGCUGUGGACUGUCUUCCACCAGGCUGUCCCCAUCUCUGCAGCCCAGCUGGAGAAGCUGCAGAAAUCCCUUUAUGCCACGGAAGCUGACAAGAGCCCAUCGCUGCCUCUCAUGGAUAACUUCCGGAUGCCCCAAGACUUGAACCGCCGCCUGGUCCUCUCAUCCUUCCCGGCGGGGCCCUCUGGAUAUUCUGCAGGCAAGGUUGUGGCCAUACUUUUCGGGGUGCUUUUGGGCUGCCUCAGCCUCUUCUUCGCUGGCUGGAUUGUGGCAAAAAGAAUACGGUGAGAUGCAGGCGGACACGGGAAGCCAAGCAGUUCCAUUCUUCCCGCAGGAGGGAGAAGAGCAUUAUGGACCAGAAGGGCGUCGUCUUCAAAUCCUCAUCGCCUCGACCAACUGCGGAUUAAGAGCUCAGCUGGAGUC